AAAAGGAGGUAUUUGUAGAAGCAUUGGCGGGUGUUCUAUAGUGCAGAAAUAAACGAGUGGCGUCUUAUAAGAUCGUCUACGGAAGUGUUUUAUUAUUAUGAGCUAUGCUAAUGCUUCUGCCUGACCUCGUCACGCCUCGAUAUUAGGAUUCUGAUCCACUUUUCGUUUCAGAUCUAAAGCAUAACCUGCGGAGUAAACAACGUGGACGAUCGUCGUGUGACAAAAAAAAUCUAUAAUUAGUGACUGCGCUUCCGAACACUAUAAGAUUAAUUAGAUAAUUGUUCUAGUCGUUGCAAUAUGAAGAGAAUACAGCUAUUCGGUUUACUGCUAUCAAUAUUAAGCGCGGUGUUAUGUUCUCCCUUCGACGAUGGAAAGUACAGACCGAAGUCUUGGGGUGAAUAUGACGAUGGCAAAUAUUACCGGCCACUUGAUGAAGGAAAAUAUAUUCCUGGAGACGAAGGUCGAUACACUUAUAUAUACCAACAAGGCAAUUGGCCUAUUGAUGGCACAUACAAAUAUGGGGAAGGAGAAGACGACCCUUAUAUGGGCUAUAGAGUGUAUGCUAGUCGAUACCCUUACGUGCAUGGCGUGAUUAAAGGCUUAAUUAACAAAUAUGUGUCAUCGGAUAAUCUACAAUUUGGUGAAGCGACUGAAGGAAGCACGAAUCACUACAGCAAAGUUUACGCGGAUAAGGAAGUAGCCGUCAAAUGUCAUUAUCUAAUGCCUAACUCCAACGGAUCGGAAUUUACAACGCAAUACCCACCGAAUAUGAAGGUAAAGAAAGGAGAAAAAUUGGGUUCUUUCUAUAGUUACAAGGGAUCUAAAGUCUUAAGUACCAUCUCAAAUGCUCUCACAAGCAAAAUGAAACUUGAAUACGAAGUGUUCGUGAGGGUUGUUGAGGAUGUAUCAUCGCCAACAACCAAAGUUCCUACACCUCUAACAAAAGAAGAAAUUAAAUCGCCCCUUGUUAUACUUAGACCCUCAAGUUACGCCAAAGUUGAACCAACGACUAAUAAUGUUGUAAAGAAUUCCAUAAGUGAAAUUGUAAAAUCUUUGAUCGUUGAAGAAGUAUUGCCAACGGUGACUGGUAUCGAGCCAUCGGCUGCUGAAGAGUUAAAGUUGACGAUUGGUGAUGUACCAUUACUACCAAAUGAUGAAGUUGAAACAAAACCUACAUUACCUUAUGAGAUAUUUUCUAACGCUUAUAUAACAACAACGGAUAAUACAAACGUUUUGACUCAAGAAGCUGCAACUGCAACAGCGACGGACAGUGGAGAUACUUUAACCGAAAAGGAUGUAACUACGACAGCGACAGAUAGUGGAGACAAUUUAACGCAAAAAGGUGGAACUGCUACAGCAAGAAACAUUCUUGAUAUUUUGACCGCUGCUGCUGCAGCUGUUACAGAAACAGACAAUACAAGCUUUUUAACUCAAGAAGCAGCAACCAUAACAACCACAGACAAUGUACGAGAAGUUGCACAAGUGUUAACUGCCAACGAUUCAAAUGUAACGAUAAGUGAGUUACUAUCGACGACUGAAGGCGGAGAACGGUAGAAUGAGCUUUUUGGUAACAACAGUGAUAAUUGCAAUGUAGGAUCUUAUUUAUAAUAAAGAAUUUAAAA